AUGACCGUUGGGCACCAGGAAGAAGCCUUGAAAUCUGCCCCUAAUAAUUGUCUUCAUGAAGGCAUUGGUGUCCUUGCUGCUGAUGACGACGACAUCAAGUCGGGGCUUCAUGUAUGUAGAGAACAACAAUCGAAUCAAAUUCAACAGAACGUCCUUCAAGUCGAAAGCUACUGUCAGCCGACCUUCAAACAUUACUUCGCUCGGUGUGCUGCCCCCAACGGUGAAUACAGGCUAUGUAGCAGAUACACAACCAUGUACCAUAUUGCCUAUCGGAGGAGGUACGUCCCCCCUUCACCGCCCGCUGAUCGGUUUGAAUGCUGCCCUGGAUGGAGGCAAGCUCAUAAAUACGCAAAAGGCUGCACGGAAGCAAUCUGUACACAAGAAUGUCAGAAUGGCGGAAGAUGUUUGAGGCCGAAUACCUGCGCCUGUCCGGCGGGCUGGACCGGUCAAUAUUGUGAAAUUGAUAUAAAUGAGUGUGAAGGCACGACGCAUGGCUGUCAACAAAGAUGCGAAAAUAAAGAGGGAAGCUUUGCAUGUAAAUGCCAGACCGGGUUCACGUUAGCGGAAGACGGAAAAUCUUGCACAGUUUGCUUAACAUGUACACCGGAAUACGACUUUCUACUAGCAAGAGUUAAUUUAUUAGAAAGGGAUGUCGCUCAACUACGGCAUAAUCAGUCCGCCCAUGCUGCCGCCCAUGCUGCCGCCAAUCAACCGGUCCCCAAGCAACCUCUAGCUAUCAGCGCCCUCCCUCUACCAAAUGAUCAGUAUAUAGCACAGAUGCAACGAGUGGAAUCGCUUAGUGAGCAAAUAUCAAUGCUUGAAGAGAGACUAGCAGAUUGUUCAUGUCGAAGACGUAACAACAAAGGCCGGAGAUAAGCAAGGAUGAAUUAUGGCGCUUCAUUUGCUGCUUUGAACAUUCUGCAAAAUAUUAGU